AUUAGAAUGCAUAAAAUAUACCCAUGACUUUGGAAAUGCCACAUGACAUGACCCUUACAUGAAAAAAUGAUACAUAGAAUAUUAGAAUUUAGAAUGCACAAAAUGACAAAAUAUACAGGAAAGAUCAGAAUUUGGCUCUGAAUUUAGAAGUUGGCAGUGUCUGUUUCUGGCAACACCAUAGACACUCACCCAAGUAUGACGACGUGGAACUACAUGGCUGCACCGUUACACCAUUAUUUACCCUUUUAACAAAAUUCCUAGUGUGUUUUUUUUCACUAGAUUAUUUGAAAAGUUCUGCUUAUUAUUAUUUUUAUUUUUUUGUAACAGAAAGUUCUGCUUAUUCACUACUUUACUUCUUUGUAUUAUUUCAGAAUUUGUAACUAGCAGGUGUUGGGUGGUGAGUUGAAAGCAGGAAAGGUGGUGAGUGAAUAACAAUGACAAUUUGGCAAGUUGCGUGAUUAAACGGGAAUUAGAUAAUAAUAAGAUUUCAUCAAAGCCUUGAUUGAAGGGCUUAUCUAUCAAUAGUCAUACAUUUUAAACUUUAAACCACACAAGAAGAUUAGGCUACACGUCACCGAAGGUGUUCACCAUACCAUACUUGAUUUCAUAUAUACUAAUUGUCAGUAAGCAACCCGAAACUCAUUCCAUGAAGUAAUAAAGGAGUGCCUACAAAUUCAUAUCUGUUGUGUCGUUACCAUUAUGCGUGAAUCUUAUGAUGAAAAACAAAGUUCAGAGUCCUUGAAAAGAACUUCAUACCAGAAUGUUAAAGAGCAACAACUUGAUUUCUUUUCUGUUUUUGCAAAACUAAAAAACUUAGUCUCAAUCAAUCAAAUUUUCAAAUAUAACUACAAAAACUACUAAAGUUACAAAAAACUACAAAACUACUAUCUGUCCUAAAUAAAUAUUUCUAUUACAAGAAAAGGCUAAACGUUUUCUUUUUAGGUUCUCUUAAUAAUUUCAAAGGCUAAAUCUAAAAGGUAAAACUAAAAUCUUCACAAUCUCUCUGAAUGUUUACACCGCUGGUAUUGUUAUACAAGGCUAGUAAUAUCACUGAUAAAGUGAAGAACCAGUUGAGAAAAUGCACUCCAUCCCAACAUGAUCUCUCAUAUAGUUCACUUUAAACAAUAAUUAUAACAAAAGUAUUGGGUUAUAGUUCGUAUUGGGUUAUAGUUCACUUUAAAUACAUUUAUAGUAUUUUACCAAAAUUUUUUUUUAUAGUUGUAACUUGCAUAUAUAUAAAUGUAUUUUAAAAACGUAGAUAUAAUAUUAUAGAUACACGUUCAUGAUAAUGUUUUCAAAGUCUUGUAUAAAAUUAUUGGAGCAAGUUGCCUUUGACAACUAGGAAAACUGAGCCAAGAAAUGGGCGUCGCCCAAUUGAUUAGGAAUAUUAACCAGUUGUAACGUAGCUGAACCAAAAUAACAUACUGAAUAUAUUUGUUUUCUCUAUAACGUUUUGGUUAAUGUAAUGUUUUCUUGAAAAAUUAAAAUAGUAAAAGUACUAAUAUGGUUUCUUCUACUUAAUUAUCCGGUACACCCGCAGAAUUUUUCUCCCCUCCUAUAACUCCAUAACACGAAAACGAAAACAUAACACAAAAAUGUUUUAAAAUCAAAUGUGACAAAGAAGGAAACAACAACAGUUACAACAACAAAAAAGGAAACAAAAGCAUGAAGAUUUCUCCACAUUGUUUGGUUUCUCUAUUUUCAAUCAUCCUUUUGUCGGGAUUCGCCUCGUCUCUCCACAUCUCUCUUGAUGCGUUUGUGUCACACCCAGCCACAAGCCGAGCUCUUCUUCGGGCAAAGAAACCAUGCAAAGAAGAUUUUGCGAGCAAGGAUUACACAAUCAUAACGAGUAGAUGCAAAGGACCAAAGUAUCAAGCCAAGGCAUGUUGCUCGGCCUUCAAGGACUUUGCAUGCCCAUACGCGGAAAUUAUUAGCGAUGAAACGACACUAUGUGCUGCCGAUAUGUUCUGCUACAUCCAAAUCUAUGGACGUUAUCCUCUGGGCAUAUUCGCAAACAUGUGUAAAGAAGGCAAAGAAGGGCUUGAUUGCACCAACGUCAAGGCAACCUCUACGUCUUCUCGUGGAUAACUCCCACUUGUUUCCACACACGCAUUGCUUUUCACCGUUCUCUUGUUUUGCCUUUUCUAAAGACAUAUAAAAUGUUACCAGUGGCGGACCCAACAAAAAAGUUCUACUGAGGUCACACAAUGUAAAUAAAGUGUAUUUUAAAUGUAAAAAAGGUAAAUAUAUGGUUCAUUGCGGAGCUUCAAAAUCGUGUUGAGGGGUCAUUACGUGCACUUUCAAAUCAACUGAGCCAGAAUUAACUAAUCAACUAAUCAAAAUGGGUUACAUUACAUUAUUUACUGGUGUCAACUAAUCUCACUUCUCUUCAAAUAGGUCCGCCCAUGUAUGUUACGAUAUGUAUGACCGGUUUUGUGUACAGUCGGAUUAAAGAUUUUUCAAAUUUUAAAGAAUUAUUACACAUUACUAUAAAACAAAAAAGCUUAAACAUUAAAAUCAACAAUUGUUGUUGGUAAAUCAUAGAAACUAUAUCAAACUUUGUCAAAUGAGAAGAAUGCUUUGGUUAUCGGUGAGCAGUAACAAGGGUCUCAAUGAACCUUAACCCAUCAAACCUUGGAGCAAACUUUUUAUCUCCCCCUUCUUCCGAACCCUUCUUCUUCCUCUGUUUCUCCUUUGAAUCCUACUCAAAACCAGUCAAAUAAAA